AUGACAGAAGAUCAGCAGGGUGCUGGUCAAGCCGCUACCCAACCCCAGCCCCAAUCUCAGAUACCUAAUCUCCCACAAAUGUUCUCUGCUGAGGUUGACGAUGGCACCGACGCUGUGACCGGCGUUGCCAACUCAAUCCCAGACGAUCAAGUGAACGCAAUGAAUAUGCUGGGAUGUUGGCUCGCAAUCCUUGAGCACUUCUUUCCGGAACAAUACAUGGGGCCUAAUUUCCCCGGGUACGAUGUGCGCACCACAACGUCUGCCGUCAACAACCGGGGCACGCUCAGUUUGCGCAUCACGGCAUCAUCCAGGUGGGUAGACGCGGACUUUUUAAAUGUGGAGUUGGAGCGCUUCCCUUCUGGCGACGACGAUCUCGAUCGGUGGGACCGUGAGGCUAAUCUCAUGAUCCAGAUGGUGCAUACGAUGAGUAACCUCCCCGAUCAGGAGGAGCCAAAACUCGUCUUCGGGAUCGUUGGCAUCGGGAAGUACUCCCGAUUCUACCGGCUCGAGGAAGACGGCCAGCACUACCCUAUCGAUGUCGCAGGAAAGGCCGUAUUUCAUAUGCGAAAUGAUGCCAGAGUAAUUGCUUAUAUCUUUGAAGUUCUUAUUAAGGAGCACUGGUAG